AUGCAAUUGCUCUUGUCCGAGCUGCUUCUCGUCAGCUUAUUUCGACUAAAAGAGAUGUUAAAAUUUAUCGAAAAUGCCACAACAGAGCUUGCCUGUGCAUAUGACCUUACACUGGUCCAGAAUUCCAACAUUCUUAAUUCUCUUGCUGAGGUAAUAACGGUUAUUGUGUACUCAUGUUAUCCGAUCCAGGUCGUAAAGUUUAUGCGAAUUUCACAAAGCCUUGUUUUGUGGUCUGACCCAUUCGAAUUUACUUUCAACCUUUUAAAGGAGAUCACUCUACCCUUCCGUAUCAUACCUCUGGUUCGGGAGAUUGGCAAACAAAAGCUGGAGAUCAAGGUUGUCGUUAAGGCCAACUUCAAGGCGAGCCUGCUUGCACAGAAGGUGGAGAUCCGCAUUCCAACACCCACAAAUACCAGCGGUGUCCAGGUGGCUUGCCUCAAGGGUCGGGCCAAGUACAAGCCCACGGAAAAUGCCAUCGUCUGGAAGUUGCCUAGAAUUGCUGGCAUGAAGGAGUCACAAUUGUCUGCUGAAAUUGAGCUUCUGCAGUCAUCAGACAAGCCCCAGCGUGUUGGACGCUCUCCAAUUUCCAUGAACUUUGAGGUGCCGUUUGCUCCAUCCGGUUUCCGGGUGCGUUUUCUCAAGGUGUUUGAGCCGAAACUUAACUACUCGGACCACGAUGUCAUCAAGUGGGUACGCUACAUAGGAAAGAGUGGCCUCUACGAGACCCGGUGCUAG